GGAACAAUGAUGUCCAAAUUUUCUGCAGGAUUCCAGGCAUCUCACGGCUCCGUCACCAUUCUGAGAUCUACGCUAGAGUUCGAGAUCACAGGUGACCGCCCCCACAUGAUGUCAUCCACGGGUCGCGUUACUCGCGCAUCGCUGCUCUCCCUCCACAACCACAACCGCCAUGAGUAUCCCAUCUCACAUGCAAGACCGAGAGCGUCUCUCAGAAGACGUCCCCCGGGACUCUGACUAUGACAGAAGCAGCAUCCGAACAGACUACUCCGACUACACCGCCUCGGGCCAAGGGUUGACCUCAACCGCGCACAUCUCCCCCGAUGGCCGCAUCAUCAUCUCUCUCGACCUGAAACGCGCGCUGCCCGACCUCCCCAUCGAGAUCGUACAGAACGUGCAGGAAUUCGGCGUCGACGCGUCGCAGACGUGGCGGAGCUGCCCCCCGCUUAGCAUCGUUAUCAUGAUCGUCGGCAGCCGCGGGGAUGUCCAGCCGUACGUCGCGCUAGGGAAGUCGCUGGUCGCAGAAGGCCACCGCGUCCGCAUUGCGACGCACGGUAUGUUCCAGGGGUUCGUCGAAGAGCAGGCCUUGGAUCAGCUGGAGUUUUUUGACAUUGGGGGAGAUCCACAGGAGCUGAUGAGUUAUAUGGUGAAGAAUCCGGGCUUGGUGCCAGGGAUGGCGUCGUUGACAAACGGCGAUAUCGGAAGGAAGCGCAAGAUGCUCACGCAGGUCAUGGAGGGGUGCUGGUCGGCGUGCCACUCUCCGUCCACUCGCACCGGGCAGGCGUUCGUUGCGGACGCCAUCAUAUCCAACCCUCCUGCCUUUGCCCAUGUGCAUUGCGCCGAAGCACUCGGAAUCCCGCUCUUACUGAGCUUCACUAUGCCCUGGACGCCGACUCGCGCAUUUCCGCACCCGCUCGUCAACAUCAAAGCUUCUAAUGCAGAGAACGGGCUCACUAAUUAUCUCAGCUACGCACUGGCCGACAUCCUUACAUGGCAAGGAAUGGGCGACUUGGUCAACAAGUUCCGUAAAUAUACCCUGGGGCUUGAGGCACUCUCGUUGCGAUCGGGCCCCAGCGUCGUGGACCGUCUCAAAGUGCCCUGGACGUAUUGCAUGAGUCCAGCAUUGGUUCCCAAACCUGAAGACUGGAAGAAUCAUAUCGAUGUAGUCGGAUUCUAUUUUCUCGAUCUCGCAACAAGUUAUACGCCACCUGACGACUUGGCCAAGUUUCUACGAGCUGGGGACGCGCCUGUCUAUAUUGGUUUUGGCUCGAUCGUUGUGGACGACCCUGUGGCUUUGACCAACAUAAUAUUCGAAGCAACCGCCCAAGCAGGUGUUCGAGCCCUAGUGUCCGCUGGCUGGGGUGGCCUCGGUGGCCAAAGCAUUCCUUCGCACGUUUUCAUCCUGGGAAAUGUCCCCCACGACUGGCUAUUCUCUGAGAACCGAGUCUCAGCGGUGGUCCACCACGGAGGCGCUGGUACCACUGCGAUCGGGCUAGCGAAAGGCAGACCGACGGUCGUGGUACCCUUCUUUGGAGACCAGGCAUUUUGGGGCGAGAUGAUCCACAAAGCUGGGGCCGGACCGGAGCCCAUCCCUCAUAAGCAGUUAACUGCGCAGAACUUGUGCGACGCCCUCAAGUUUGCCGUUAGUCCUCAGGCUGGAGCUGCUGCUGGGCGCAUGGGCGAGCAGAUCCGACACGAGAAUGGGGUGAACCAAGGCGUGGACAGCUUCUACCGUCAUCUUCCGCUGUUGAACAUGAGAUGUGAUAUGGAUUCGGCGCGGGUGGCUGCUUGGUGGUCCACAGAGCAUUGCUUGAAAUUCAGCACGUUUGCAGCUCAAGUCCUCAUCGAUGCCAAGCUCAUCAAACCGGGAGACCUUGAGCUCCAUCGUUCGAAGGAGUAUGACUCGGUCAAAGAGAUAACCAAUCCUGUCACGGGCGGAGCGAGUGCCAUAUUCUGGACGGUGACGAACUACUAUGCGGGAAUUGCGCAGAUAUUCUACAAACCGGUGGAUGGUAUCGUCAAAACGACGACAGCCAUCCCUCGCGGCGUGAUCGAUAUCGUUUCGUCCAUCCACCAAGGGGUGGCGAAUGUUCCGAAACUGUAUGGUUCUAAAGUACGCAAAGCAGGCAAGGUAGGGAACUUUGCAGACGGUGUCAAGGAGGGUGGGAAGGGCCUGUUCUUCGGCUAUUACGACGGAAUCACCGGCUUGGUGCGGGAACCGUAUGAAGGCGCACAGAAAGAGGGAUUCAUCGGUGCUGUUAAAGGCUCUCUGCGAAGCUUUGCCAAUGCGACGAUCCGGCCGGCCGGCGGCAUCGUCGGCGUGGUCGCCCACCCCGUCAUGGGCCUGUGGCGGAGCGUGCAGCCGCCUGCGACGCGGAAGCAGGAGCUGCGGAUCCGAGAAACGAGGCUGGCGCACGGGGUCGAUGCCGCGCGGCGGGCCACGCGCCAGCAGAAGGCGGAUGUCGUGAGCGCGUUCAAGGAGCUCGAGCGGACGAAGAUGGGCAGGCAGAAGCGGUGGCGGGAGAUGGCUGAGAAGGAGAUGUAUAAUGAUGGCGAGGGACAGACACAGCGGGCGGGGCCGUCGUCGUGAUGGUGUUAUCUGUGAUAUUAUCAUGGACAUCUUGACCGAUUCUUUUUGGUUUAUCUGCCGAAGAAUGUGACGUGACAUAUUGCUUCAUAGGACAUGAUCGACAUCGCCUUCUUGGUCUAGUCGUAUGAUACUCCCUUCGGGUAUCAACCCGCUUCGAUGAGAAGUGCAGAUGGGAGUGGUCCUGGGUUCAAUUCCCGGAGAGGGCCUUUUUUCAUAUAUUUACGAAUUCAAAUUGAUCUACCUUUUUGACUUUGUCAUCCUUACCACGUCAUAAGAACUAUUCCGAGGUUUAUUUCAAGCCAUCUGGGUUGGUCAGUCAGUGUGACUGACCGGAACGCUAAGCCAAUAAACAUUGCCUGUCUGGACUCUCACUUACAUCGCACACGAUCACGUGAUAUACGUGUUUACAAUUCUCUAGGACGCUUGCGUAAGCAACUCACCCUGCCCUGGCCGAAGCGCUGGAAAGGACUACUGCGCGCAUCUGAGCGUCGGGAGGGUCUCCACAUGUGCCAAGUCUUCCUGUCUCCCCACUCGAUGUGACAAAGUUCUAAAGCACGACUGGACGAUGAGUGCUCGAUGAAGACAUCAGUGGCAUUUUGAUAAGAUCUUCUUCGUGUCAGAUGUUGAAAACGGGGCUCCUUCUUGGCCCAUGGUUCGCGCUGGGUGGGGGUGUGCAUCGUCGUUUCCAUCGGAUGACACAUGGCGACAUCCGCGCGCAAGAACGUCCGGGGGGAGCAUGGAGAUGUCACGUCUCGACGUCGCGGGCCCGCGCUUGCUCUGGUCCCCCCCAGCUACUAUCUCCCUCCAGCACAGCAGAUCUGUCCCUCGGAUUAGCCGAGCGGGAGGGUCAAUCGCCGAUCACCAUCCCCAUCAGAUUUCCGUCGCGUUUGUGGGCACAUCCGCCCCCGUUUGUGUCUGCGAUCGGCUGGGUUUGGACCCUAGAUUCAGGCUAUUUAUGGGAUUCUGAUACGGACUCUGCAGUUGUGGGUUGGCACAGCCAGAUUGGGCGCGGCGAGGACUAUAAGAGCGCUUGGCUGAAAACUUGUGGCCCUCAGGUUGCGAUGUCGAGUCUGGCCAGCGACUGCUCCUCCGCGCUACGUAGCCUUGUAUUCCACACCUGUUGUUUGGCAUACUAGGUUUCGUAGCUCGGAUUAACGCGUCGCUUUCCGCUGGCUAGCUGCACCGGCGUCGCUCCAGGGUAGAGACAGUCUGUCGAACCC